AUGCAAGAAAUAUCGAGUAGAAAUUGCAACGGUUCUCUUGACCACAUCACUUCACAAUGGAACAUACCACCUCCUUUGCCCAUCUCCUUCCCCCCCUACUCUUCACUUCAGUGGUGUUAUUUCGUUGGGAUUAUUAUCCAGGUUGCAAUUUUGGUCACCCUUCUGGUGGUAUUGGCGGCGUCGCGUUUUGCAAAACGCCAUGAAGGCAAUGAAAUCUCGACAGAUCCUGAAAAGUCACAGCCAGGACAAGCUCCACGCAUCGAAAUUGCAGGUAUAGAUCCUACCUAUGAUGAAAAGCAUCAUGGACUAUUACUGGGUGAUAGUGUCGUAUCCCCGACUGGGAGGCCUCCCCUACCUUCGGAUGAAGAUGAUGACGACUCGUUCGAGAUCAUGGGCCAACCAGAGACUAGGCCGAUCUCUCAAGAUCAGCUCGUCGCAGAGGUCAAGGGCAUAUAUGCGGGGCUGGUCAUGGUCGAGACCAAAUGCAUUGAAGUUGAUAAUGCACAAUCAUCCAAUACCGAUGCCAACGCGAAGCUCAAUAACGAACAAUGGCAGGCGUUGAUUGCACUGCAUAGAACACUCCUCCACGAACAUCACGACUUCUUGCUCGCCAGUCAGCAUCCCUCCGCCAGCCCGGCCCUGCGCAGAUUACCUUCCAAAUAUGUGAUGCCUGCGCGCAUGUGGAGGCACGGUAUCCAUUCGUUCCUGGAACUUCUACGGCAGCGAUUGCCAGCCUCGCUCGAACAUAUGCUCAAUUUCUUGCACUUGGCGUAUAGUAUGAUGGCCUUGCUGUACGAAACUGUGCCUGCGUUCGAAGAUACUUGGAUCGAGUGUCUUGGCGACCUUGCCCGAUAUCGCAUGGCCAUUGAAGAUGACGAUAUUCGCGACCGCGAAGUUUGGAGACAUGUCAGCCGUCAUUGGUACAGCAAAGCGUCAGACACGGACCCCGAGACAGGAAGACUUUAUCACCAUCUUGCUAUCCUGGCAAGACCCAACGCAGUUCAACAGCUAUUCUACUACACCAAAUCUCUUUGCGUCCCCAUCCCAUUUUCCAGUGCCCGAGAAAGUAUUAUGACGUUGUUUGAUCCUCUGUUGAGCAACAGUCCCACCGGCUUGAAUCCAAUCGAUGCUUCAUUCGUUCGCGCUCAUGGUAUCCUCUUCUCUGAGAAGUCUUGGGACCAGCUUGAAGACUCUAUGAAUGAUUUCAAUAAGAAUCUGGAUAAACAUAUUGCCAAGUCCAAGGAGGGAUGGAAGGAAACAGGAUAUUACAUUGGCAUCUCCCUUGCUUGCUCUCUCCUUGGUUACGGCGCCGAAUCCAAUGUCAUUAUGCGAGCUCUUUCCAAGAAGCCCGAGGGGACAGAUGCUGCUAUGGAUGGAAGUGCGAUUUCCGAGACCAUGCCGGAUGAGAGAUUCAGGCAGGCUUACAAGUUUGGAGUGGCCACUAUUGAGACGGUACUUGAUCGUCAGGGAGAUGUAAACACGUUACCUUUUCUGCACACGAUUUUGAUCUUCAUCCACUACAUGACCCGACACCCUGCGGCCAUUAACCACUUGGAGGAUGAAUUUCCUUGGAAACUUACUGCUGUAAUGCUCAACUCUUUGUUAGGAUCUUGCGAGCCUGGAUACAAAGUGCAAAGUCACACAAUGCUGCUUGAUAGUGAUCAGUUGACUCGCCCCUUACCAGAAGACUUCGCAAUGAGGGGGCUGCUCUACGCAGAGGGCUAUCUUCCUCAGAAACGGUUCCGCAAUGACAGAAUCGACGACGACGAGAGAUACUUUGAACUGGAGUACAUGGCAGAAGAGCGAAGGCACCGGAUUCUUUCUUUGGGGCUCAGCAUUGCUACUUCAGGCCGCUGGCUGAUUUGGGAUGAGGCAACUAGCCAAUUCUCAACGCAGCCAGAUAUUGAACCGCUCGCACAGGCAAAAUGCGAAAGAAUAUGA